AAGCAGGUUGGGACGAUCGGUCCUGCUCUUUCUGGGCGGCACCCACACGCGUCGGACCUUGUUCCUAAAUCGAUUAGGAACAAAGCACAAAUAAAUCAACAAAAAACCAAAAAUAUAUUCAGACUUUUCGAUCGCUCAGGGUUUUGGGGAACUCCGAGGGGAACAUGAAGUGGGGCUGGGGGCUUGCCGUGGUUCUCCUCACCUGUGGAUUUCUGUGCUGGGGAUCGAAGGUCCUCGACAUCCCCGAGUACGAUGGGAAGGACCGCGUCCACGAACUGACCAACAAGAACUUCAGAUCGGUGAUGAAGAGGUACGACGUGAUGGUCAUCUACUACCACAAGUCCGUCGGCCACAGCCGCAUGGCCCGGAAACAGUUCGAGAUGGAGGAGCUCGCUCUAGAGUUGCUAACCAGUCCUGCCGCCCUGACCUACCAGCUUGCUGCCCAGGUGCUGGAUGAUUUUGAGGAUGAAGAUAUUGGAUUUGGACUGAUUAACUCUAAGAAGGAUGUCACAGUUGCCAAGAAGCUGGGUCUGGAUGAGGUGGACAGUAUCUACAUCUUUGCUGAUGAUGAAAUAAUUGAGUAUGAUGGAGAAAUGGCUGCAGAAACUCUGGUGGAAUUUCUCUAUGAUGUGAUCGAGGAUCCAGUGGAGAUCAUUGAUAACGAGCGAGAGCUGAAAGGAUUCUUCAGUCUGGAUGAGGACAUCAAGCUGGUGGGAUAUUUUAAGAACGAUGAUUCCCGACAUUUUAUUGAGUAUGACGACGCUGCUGAAGAGUUCCAUCCCUUCGUCAGGUUCUUCGCCACUUUUGAUUCUAAAAUCGCUAACAAACUGAAGCUUGAGAUGAACGAGGUGGACUUCUACGAGCCUUUCAUGACCCACCCCAAGACCAUCCCGGGUAGACCUUACACCGAGGACGAGUUGGUCGACUACAUCGAGGAACACGACAGACCGACUCUGAGAAAGCUGGAGCCCCACAACAUGUACGAGACCUGGGAGGACGACAUCAACGGACAACACAUCGUGGCCUUCGCGGAAGAGUCGGACCCUGAUGGUUUUGAGUUCCUUGAGAUUCUGAAGGAGGUAGCUCGUGAAAACACAGAGAACCUUGAGCUGAGCAUCAUCUGGAUCGACCCAGAUGACUUCCCUCUGUUGGUGCCCUAUUGGGAAAAGACCUUUGGCAUUGACCUCUCCUCUCCACAAAUCGGUGUGGUGGAUGUGAAGGAUGCGGACAGCGUGUGGAUGGAGAUGGACGGUGAGGACGACAUGCCCACUGCCUACGAGCUGGACACCUGGAUUGAGGACGUACUGUCAGGCAAGAUUGACGUUGAUGAUGACGACGAUGAUGAUGAUGAUGAUGAUGAUGAUGACGACGAUGAUGAUGACGACGAUGAUGACGAUGAUGAUGACGACGACGAUGAUGACGACGAUGACGACGAUGACGAUGAUGACGAUGACGAUGAUGAUGACGAUGACGACGACGACGAUGAUGACGACGAUGACGACGAUGACGACGAUGACGACGACGAUGAUGACGAUGAUGAUGAUGACGAUGAUGAUGACGAUGAUGAUGACGAUGAUGAUGAUGACGAUGACGACGAUGACGACGAUGACGACGAUGACGACGAUGACGAUGACGAUGACGACGACGACGAUGACGAUGACGAUGACGAUGAUGACGACGACGACGACGAUGACGACGAUGAUGAUGACGAUGAUGAUGAGUAAAUUUUUCCCAUCAUCUCAGGGAUCAUACCACAUUGACUGGCACUAUCCAACGUCAACAAAUAUCAACAGGAAGUUCAAAGUUCCUCGAAGGCUCUCACAGUCGUUAUUUCCAAUCUGUGAAAGCUUUGUGCUUUUGUAAAUCCACCAGCGACCCAUCCGAGCCCCAAUCUUCGGGGUGUUACAGCAACAUGUGACUUUUUUUAUAUAAUUCUCGUUUCGUCUUUCCCUUAAUUUGUCUUUGUUUAGUUUCAAAUUCUGAACGUGUCUGUUGUUGCUUUAUUGUACAGUGGAAUAAAGAAGGUAGAUGAGUGCGUGCCGCACUGUACCUGACCUUCUAACAGGGUCUACACCUUUGUGAUCGUCUUCGUAUUUGUGUGUCCAUUUAUUUGUGUACAAACUCAUGUAUCCCAGCUAACGGGGUGAAGUCAGGCUGUGGCAUUACACAAUUAUCACUUUUGCAACCUACAUAACCACUUCUAACCCCUCAGUCCUGACAUUGACCCAUUAUUUAUGGUGCUUAGCCUAGACCCUUAAUUCUGACCACUCAUCCCUGAGUCCUGGUUCCUUACUUUGACUAUCCGUGACCCUAACCUUAACCCUAACCCUAACCUCUCUGACUUUAAACUGACCCCUUGUCUGCCUGACUCCGUCCCCUUAUCCAUGGUGGUCAUUUCUUUUCUCUAACCUUAAACCCAUUAACACAUGCCACUUACCCCUCAAAGAUCUAAAGGUUCUAGAUCUUUAAUGUUCUGGGAACCAGUUUGCUAAUGUUCCUGUUAGCUGGGCUGCUCGGUAAGCCGUUUCAUCUGUGUAACUUUUUGGUAAACCAUCAUAAAUGUGAACCUGUCAAGAACAAUAAAAACGUGACUUUUUUGUUA